CUGCGCAUAAAUGGAUUAAAAAGUUGCAUUCUCAUAAGAUCCAAAUGACUUGGUGGAAUACAUUUUCAAGCUAGGAGUUUGGAUCCUCUAUGGCAUGACGAGUGAAGCUUAAAAAUUGGACCAAAGGUGCUGAAAAGCUCAGAAAUUUAGAUUGUGCUUGCGAAAAAUAUAUUCUGCAUGAUCCCACUGACUGUUGAUGAGAUACUUUCAAAGCUACUGACAGGCACUAUAUAUGGAAAUGACAUAUAUAUAUAUUUUUCAAACUUCAUAGAACAUCACCCUUCACCUCUAAAUAGAAGUUCAGUUUUUAUGCAUGAUUGAAUAAAUCAUUGCUCGUUCUUCUGUGUCCAUGCUUUAUGAUUUACUAACUGGUUUUCUAUUUCUCAUCUAGAUAUAUAUCUGUUAGGAACAGUGAUGUUAGUCUUUGGCAUGGGUCUCUAUGAGCUCUUCAUCAGCAACCUUGACAAGUCAAAAUCAAUGUCAGAGGAAAGAACUCCAUAUAGAUCAAAUCUUUUCGGGAUAUUCACUCUAAAGGAACGGCCAAAAUGGUUGGAGAUAAAAACUGUUAGUGGGUUGAAGACCAAAAUUGGUCAUGUAAUCGUAAUGCUUCUUCUCAUUGGUUUGUUCGAGAAGAGUAAGAAGGCUGUUAUACACACACCAUUAGAUCUGCUUUGCUUCUCAGCUUCAGUGUUGCUUUGCUCUGGCUGCCUGUUUCUGCUUUCUAGACUCACCGAGGAGAAUUGAUCAGUUUACAGUUUUGUACAGUCCAAAAUAUUUUAGUAGACUGGUGUGGGGAAAUCUUGCCUGAGCUUAACAUGUAUUUUUUCAUGUCCACAUGCAUAUGUACAGUAUGUGUGCAACUGAGGAGUGAUAUAAAAUAACAAUCUCCUGCUUAAUUUUUCUCCAUUUUUUUGGGUUCCUGUUCAGUUUAUUCUAGUCUGAAUUUAUGAUUCAGAGCCUGUAUAAUCUUGUAAAGACUUGCUUCCUUGUCUUUGGCAGACUUUGUAUCCUUAACCAUACAAACAGGACUUUUUCUCCUUGCACUUA